ACUUCGUAUCGUACCUUCUCGCCUUACAAGGGAAUGACGUAGCUCCGGAUACUCGGCCAAGUAUCCCGCAUUCGCGCGUCUGUAGCGAAAUGGAUUUCCAGUCGAUCAUAGCUGCCAGCAAUGGUACCGAUACUGGCGGUAAAUCGUCAAGCGGACCCUCCUCGUUCAAGACUGUGGCCGCGGCCUUCGUACCAACUUUCACACUUGCUGCUCUUUUCGUGUCAGCAUUUGUAGUAGUCAGGCCGAAGUUCCCAAAGAUCUACUUCCCCAGGACGUAUCUUGGAACAGUACCAAAGAAAGACCACACACCAUGUCAGAGCCGCUCAUACUGGGGCUGGGUCCACACGAUGCGGGUCGUUCCAGACAAGUUCACUUUGUAUCACCAGUCUAUCGACUCGUACCUCUUUCUGCGCUUCCUUCGGACCAUGAUCUUCAUUUGUGUCGUGGGCUGUGUGCUGACUUGGCCAAUCCUGAUGCCGAUCAAUGCUGCUGGUGGUGGAACGGGCAACGAGCUGGAUCGUGUAUCGAUUGGAAACGUUGCGGAUAAAAAGUACUUCUACGCCCAUGCCAUCGUUGCCUGGGUCUUCUUCAGUUUCGUAAUGUUCACGGUCGCCAGGGAGCGACUUUGGCUCAUCGGGCUUCGACAGGCGUGGAGCUUGUCAAAGCGCAAUGCGAACAGACUGUCUUCGCAAACAGUACUGUUCUUGUCAGCGCCGACAGCAGCCUUGGAUCAAAGUAACAUGCGACGCUUCUUCGGCGACGACGCUGUCAAGGUCUGGCCUGUGACGAAAGCAGAGAAGCUGCAAAGCCUCGUUUCAUCGAGGGAUUCGAAGGUCAAUGAGCUCGAGACUGCUGAGAUCUCGCUCAUCCAGAAAGUCAAUGAAGAAGGUCGAAGGAGUCAGUCCAGGCAUAACGGACAGAGAAUUACCUAUGGCAGCCUUCCUGAUAGCGUGAAGCAAUCACUGAGACCAACCCAGCGCCUCAAGACCAUAAAACCGGUGGGCAAGCAGGUCGACAGCAUUAGUUUCUCCCGCGAUCAGCUACUGGAGAAAGAAGAAGAGAUUAACAAGGCCCGAGAGUCCAAUGCGACCGCGCAGAACCAUCAUGGCGCAGCUGCAGUCUUCGUCCAAUUUCGCACGCAGUCUGCAGCUCAGAAAGCAUAUCAACAAGUCACCACGUCAGACAUACUGUCUCUCACACCGCGGUUCACUGGUAUUUCGCCCAGCGAGGUCUUCUGGGACAAUCUCACCAUGGUGCCAACUCGUCGCAUAUCCCAAAGGAUACUUGCUCAUGGUCUUGUCAUUGCCCUGAUCAUAUUCUGGUCUAUACCAGUUGCGUUCGUGGGUGCCGUAUCAAAUGUUUCAUAUCUGGCGGAGAACUUCGAAUUCUUGGGUUUUCUCAACGAGCUGCCAGACAGCAUCAUCAAUCUUCUCACCGGGCUAGUACCGCCUCUGCUUCUCAGCGCAUUAAGCAAGUACAUCCCAAAAAUCUUCAGAUACAUCUUUACAACCUUCGGCGAGCCAACCAAGACCUCAACGGAGCUGAAGGUCCUCAAGUGGUACUACGUUUUCCAGGUUCUGCAGGUCUUUUUGGUCGUUUCCCUCUCGUCUGGGGCUGCUGCAGUUAUCUCGCAGAUCGCGAAGAACCCGAGUAAAGUGCCUGAACUACUCGCAGAACGCCUGCCUCGGGCCUCUAACUCCUACCUCACCUAUUUUGUUGUACAAGGUCUUACCAGCGCAUCCGAUAAUCUCCUGAACUACUCCGACGUUCUUUCUUUCCUCUUCUUCGACAAAUUUUUCGACAAGACCCCUCGCCAGAAGUUUAACAGCUAUACUACGCUGCGAAGUAUGCAAUGGGGCAAGUUGUACCCGAAGUAUGUCAACUUCGUGAUUAUUGCCAUCGUGUACUCUUGCAUCGCGCCUUUGGUCCUCGGAUUCGCUGCCGUUGGUCUCGUCCUGUUCUAUUUCAGCUACCUUUACAUGCUGCUCUAUACUGCACAACCAAAGAUCGAUACUAAGGGACACUGCUACACACUUUCGUUGCAGCACAUGCUCACUGGAGUCUACAUCGCCGAGCUAUGCUUGAUUGGAUUGUUCAGUCUUCGAGGUGCAUUUGGGCCUACGGUCCUGCUUGGCAUCUUGCUCAUCGUCACCAUCAUUUUCACUAUAAUUACCAACCGCCACUUCGCGCCACUUGAACAAUACCUGCCUACCGAUCUAGCACUCGAUGGCAGUAGCAAUGAAGACAGUGAAGAAGCCCCACUUUUGUCUGCAGCAGAAGAGGGCCAAGCUCAAGCUCUCGAGCGUGAGGAAUCGCGGAUCCAUCGUAUCAGCAGCGCUGUCAACGUCUCGCCCAAAGUUACUGGACCAAUUGCCCGAUUCUUUGAGCCACACAUCUUUGCAAGCCAUAGAGCGAUGAAACAGUGGCUCCGCGAUGGAGACUUCGAUGAAGACAAUGUACCAGAGUACAGUGACGAGGACAUCCGCAAAGCAUACCUUCACCCAGCCUACACUAGUCAAGCACCAGUUAUCUGGUUGGCUAAAGAUGAUAUGGGUGUAAGCAAGAAGGAGAUUCAAGAGAACGAGAACAGGGAGCUGAAGAGCAGUGACGACGGGGCGUGGAUUGACAAGGAAGGUAACCUGAAAUGGAGUGUCGAUGACUUUGAGAAGGUGCCUAUCUUCAAGAAGACAAAGCAAUGGUGAACCAGGGCUGUAAACAAGUCAGCCACCAAUCAAUUUGCAAAGAAAAUUACAUACCACCGAUUGGACUGUACACAUGGAGUAGUGUUCCUUUCUCACGCGCUUGGAACGAUCAUUGGAAAGCCCUUGGCAUAACGUCAUGAACCGAAGCUUUGCGAAGAGGCCUCACCAUCCUUUAUUCGGAUCACACUCCGAAUCCAUCACACCUGCGGUGCUAUGAGUGGCUUGUUUUCGAGUUCUCCAAAUUAUUUGGCCUCCUUGAAUGGGCAUCGUACCAUCGCAUGAUCACGCCCGAAAGCGAAAUGCCCUGCCACACCACCAGCGCCGCGGCCCUUGCCAGACCGGCGCGGCGCGCUUGACACCAUACCAUUGGCGCUAUCACAGGAACGUCAAGAGCAGUGACGCAUGCCGUGAGAUAAUGUAGUCGCACCA